AUGUAUUGCAUAACAUCAUGGCCAUCUUCACGUUCAUGGGAGCGAGUCUUCUUCGUCAGGACGAUAGUCAUAGCUUUCAGAUCAUCCACAAGACUGUCCAGACUGUUAUACCUGCUCUAGUCAAGGCAAGCAAGGACCAAUCUCUUCCAUCAUCCUUGGCAGGCAACCUAGAGGAUGUUGUUACCAUGGUGAUGCAGACGUUUGUUGAUGCCUUCCCUCACAUCCCGGAGCAUCGUCGUCUGCCUCUCUUCACUCACCUGGUUCAGUCUGUGGGCGGGGCAGAGUAUCUGUGGAGGGUUAUCUUGUUGCUGAUUGGUGGAUAUGCAACCAAAGGUGCUACGGCUAUGCUUCCUGAAGAGACAGAAACUAAGGGUCCUGGAAGGAAUCUAGAGUUCUGGCUGACGCUGUGUCAUCAUUUUGAUCCUGAAAUCCAGGUGGUCAGUCUGACUAAGAUGCUGGCAUACCUCUCAACUCUCAAAGGAAAGAAAGAAGAUGUCUCCAAGACACCAUCUCGCUCUACCAGGUCAACACGUUCAACAGGAUUGACCUCGGGGUCAAAGGUCGCACCACAAGACCUGAUCUUUGAUCAAGAGUCUCAUAGUCCAAGGCAGCUGAGGCAUUUCAAGUUUACAUCAGUGGGAUUCUUAUCUCAGCUUCUUACAAGUGAUCCAUUCAUUUCACAGCUUGUGAAUCUAUCUGAGGAGAAAUCUGCAGCCAUGCAGGCACUAUAUCAAAAGCUUCUUGAGCAGACACUGUGUUACAUUACUCAUGUAGCCCACUGUAUUCAAGAUAACACGGAUCCUAACACUGCUAAGUUCUGGAGAGCUCUUCUUCACAAGGCUUAUGAUGUUUUAGACAAGGUUAACUACUUGCUACCUGCCAAGGUGUUUAUUGGUGUAGUAUCAGGUCUGAUCUCUAACCGUCUCCCGACGGUCAGGAGGAAAGCUAUAGAGCUUCUUAAUAACAAACUCAUUCAAAACAAGGAAGGCUUCGAGGAGGAAGAGACUGCAAUGCUACUAGCUAUGCUUGAUACGUUGCUUGUAAUAGCGAAGUCAUCUCGUGAGAACCAGGCUGAAAUGGAUGAGCUAGACAUCAAUCGCCAGACUGCCCUCUAUAGUCUCAAGUUACUCUGCAAACUGUUCGGCAGUGAACAUCGAAAGCAGUUUAUCAAGGUGAUGGAGGUCGCACUUGAUGUUGUCAUGGAGACACAAAUCAACAACCAGGUGUUAGCAAGUGGUUUACUUUGCUUAGCUGAAACAGUGAGUAGUAUAAAAGCCCAUGCUAUACCCUACCUUGGUCGAUUCAUGCCACCUCUACUGGAUACACUGACAAGCAAGACUCAUGUAACAAGUUCUGAUUUACAUCUUCUGAGCACAGUGACAACCAUACAGAAGAUCUUGGAGACUCUCCCUCACUUCCUUAGUCCAUAUCUUGGUCAGCUGCUUCAACAGGUGUGUCGUCUGUCCGGUUAUCGUCAAGAUGAAGAGAAGUCUCAGCUGACGUUACGUCUGAAGGCAUGUCGUCACCAGCUCUCCACAGCGCUACCCCCGAGAGUUCUCAUUCCUGCAGUCAGUGAAUGCUACAAGAUCAGUGUGACAAAAAGUCAGUCUAGCAUCGGUCCUCUGAUGUCCAUCUUGAGUGACCAUCUUGACCAACUACCCAAGGAAGAUCUCUUGAGCCAUCAUCAUGCUACGGUCAGCCUCUUCCUACAAGCUUUGGAGUAUCGGUCAACCCAUGCAGAGAGUUCUCUUGAUGAGGUAUCAAGUAUUGAAGGUCAUGUGAUAGAUGCUAUGAAUACCAUGGUAAUGAAGCUCUCCGAGGCUACAUUCAGACCAAUGUUUCUCAAGGUAUAUGAAUGGGCGACUCGUGGCAGCAACCCAGAGAGGCUCCUCACCUUCUAUCGCCUUGCCGAUAGUAUAGCAGAGAAACUGAAGAGCCUCUUCUGUCUUUUUGCUGGUCACCUGGUAGCAAACAUUGCAGGAAUCCUCGAUGCUAAUAAUGUCAUCAAAACAGACAAGCCUUUCUAUGAUGGCCCUCAUAUAAAAGAGAAGUCAGCCAGUCUUCUGGGUUAUUCUCUCGAUUGUCUACAUAAGUGUUUUCAUUAUGAUAAGGGAGACUUUGUGAGCAAAGAGAGAUUUGAGAAACUUAUGCAGCCUCUUGUUGAUCAGAUUGAGAACACACAAGGAGGAGAUGACACCUAUGAGGACCGCAUCACAGGUCACCUGACACCAUGCAUCGUUCAGUUCAUGGUUGCCGCUAGAGACCCCUCCACCUGGCAACCUCUGAACUAUCAGAUCCUUCUCAAGACAAGAAACUCUUCUCCAAAGGUUCGUUAUGCUGCCCUCACAGUCCUUCAGGCCGUUCAUUCUCAGUUGGGUGAGGACUACCUCUCACUGCUGCCUGAAACUAUUCCAUUCUUGGCUGAACUCAUGGAAGAUGAAUCUGAGGAGGUUGAACAGCACUGUCAGGAUGUAGUAUCAGAGCUGGAGAAGACUCUAGGAGAACCACUUCAGAAAUACUUCUAGGAAAUCAUCCAACUCCACAGUUCUUCACUUCUUACUGGGUACCAUUUUACAUCACCCAGGUGGUAGAUCCAGAAAUGGGGGGCACAACUGUUACAUAAAUUUUGAUCUAGGAGAGUCCUUUGCUUGUCCAUGUUUCCAUGUUGUACAGUGCAAAUACAGACUUCUUGCUCAGCGACAUAUUGAAGAAUCAAGAACAGAGUAAAUGUUUUGUUUUAAUCAAGAGCGAAACUGCUGUUUUGGUUCACAAAAAGACUUCUUAGUUCUGUGUCAUUUGACGGGCAUUUGAUAAUACAUUUACUCUGUUUGUGAAUCCUCUAUGCAUUGCUGAGUGAUUAUUCCCUUUGAAUACAGUGUUCUAGUCAGAUCUCUUCAUUAGAUGUAAAUGAGAGGCAAAUAAGUUUUAACAUUAAAUUCCUACAUCAAAGGUACUAUCUUGGUUAUAAAAAGACCUCUUAAUGAUUAGAUCUUAUUUUAAAUUCAAAGCGAUAAUUUAGGAGGAGCAUGUUAAUCUAUAUCUUCAAAUCUGAAUACAUGUUUGUUUUAAUUAAACAUGUGACUUUAUAAAAAAGACCCUUAAAUUUUUUUUGUGGAUUUAUGUCUUUAAAAAAAUGGAAAUUGCUCUGUUAUCAUUAGAAAUCACAAAUACAUGUGAUUUAAUCAGAGCUGCCAAGUGGUAGAUUUUAUCCUAAUUAACUAGGAUUUUUUUUAAAGUGGAAAUUGAAAUUAAGUAGGAUUUUCCCCCAGGAAAAUAGGAUCUUUGAAACUUGUUAGAAUGAUGAUUUUUGGUCUGUUUUUUGUCUCACCUGCAUAGCAGAGUGAGACUAUAGGCGCCGCUUUUCCGACGGCGGCGGCGACGGCGGCGUCAACACCAAAUCUUAACCUGAGGUUAAGUUUUUGAAAUGACAGCAUAACUUAGAAAGUAUAUGGACCUAGUUCAUGAAACUUGGCCAUAAGGUUAAUCAAGUAUUACUGAACAUCCUGCCUGAGUUUCAUGUCACAUGACCAAGGUCAAAGGUCAUUUAGGGUCAAUGAACUUAGACCAUGUUGGGGGAAUCAACAUCAAAAUCUUAACCUAAGGUUAAGUUUUUGAAAUGUCAUCAUAACUUAGAAAAUAUAUGGACCUAGUUCAUGAAACUUAUACAUAAGGUUAAUCAAGUAUCACUGAACAUUCUGCAUGAGUUUCACGUCACAUGACCAAGGUCAAAGGUCAUUUAGGGUCAAUGAACUUUGGCCGAAUUGGGGGUAUCUGUUGAAUUACCAUCAUAACUUUGAAAGUUUAUGGAUCUGAUUCAUGAAACUUGGACAUAAUAGUAAUCAAGUAUUACUGAACAUCCUGUGCAAGUUUCAGGUCACAUGAUCAAGGUCAAAGGUCAUUUAGGGUCAAUGAACUUUGGCCAAAUUGGGGUAUUUGUUGAAUUACAGCCAUAAAUUUGAAAGUGUGUUGGUCUAGUUCAUAAAACUUGGACAUAAUAGUAAUCAAGUAUCACUGAACAUCCUGUGCGAGUUUCAGGUCACAUGAUCAAGGUCAAAUGUCAUGUAAGGUCAAAGAACUUUGGCCACGUUGGGGGUAUUUGUUGAAUUGCCAUCAUAUCUCUAUAAGUGUAUUGGUCUAGUUCAUAAAACGUGGAAAUAAGAGUAACCAAGUAUCACUGAACAUCUUGUGUGAGUUAUAGUAGUUUUCAAAAUCAGCACUGCUGCUAUAUUGAAUCGCGUGAUGCAGGUGAGACGGCCAGAGGCAUUCCACUUGUUUAAACUUUUAAAGAAAAGUAGGAUAUUAGGCUUGAAAAUAGGAUAAAAAGAAAUAGACAAUAGGAUUUUUUCACGUUUAAGAUGUACAUAACGAAUCAUUCUGAUCAUUAUUUUGAAAUGAUUCAGAUUGGAAUUCAUCCAUGUCAAACAUUAAGAUCAUAAUCAUUAUUAGUUACUAUAUCACUGGGCCCUGUCUUACAAAGAGUUACGAUUGAUCCAAUCAACCACAACUAUGGAAAGCCAGCAACAUAUAAAAUACAUGUUUGUUCAAAACAUUUCCAGAUAUGAUGUAUAUUUAUACAUUCAUAGUUUUCUUGAAAAUUCAAUUGGCUUCUCUUUAUUUACAAAGGACGUUGUUCAAAUUUCCUGUAGUAGAAAUUAUGACAUUGAUGGAUUUUUACAUAGCUAAGGUUGAUCUGAUCACUCGUAGCUCUUUGUAUGACGGGUAUUGACUGGUAAAAUCAUGAUUUUUCUCUGUUUUGUCAUAUUUUCCGCAGAGGAAUAUAUUUUUGCUUCAUAUACAUACUCAAUAUGGCAUUAUAAGAAAUACAGCUCGAGACAUACAAAAAAUAGUAUAGUAUUUUUCUUU